GAGCACCUUUGGCCCUAUCAGAGCCUGCAGUAGGAAAUGUUAAACCGUGUCAGGGGAUCUGGGAAGAAAGCGUUUCUGGAGAAACUGUGUAUUCUCACACAACCAUCACCUGAAGUAACUUAUCUUUAUUUUACGGCAUGAAUUAACUAAAGCUGAGAGAGGUGAAGUGACUUGGCUGGACUCCUACAGCUUAGUAAGUGGAAGAGCUGAGAUUUAAAUCCAGAUGAGCCUUCUCCAAAUGUCAUUCUUUUUUAGAAGAUAGCACCCUGCAAAAAAACAAAGAGUUGGAUUUAUUCUUCUUUUGAAAUAUUUGAGCAGUGAAUAUUGAGUAAGUUUCGAUUUGUUGGCGUUUUUUAAGGGGCACUAGGUGAAUCUACAGAUCUUCUAGUGAAGAUUAUGUAAAUAAAGCUGUGACUCCCUCUUGCACAUUUUAGUCUUUCUAGGGCCCCAGAUGUACUGGUUAGAAUUGGAAAAAGCCCAGACUGCAUUCAUAGGAGAUGAUCUCUGUGCAAGAGUUGCAGAAGAUGAUUAACUUCCAGGGAUCAGUGACAUUCCAGGAUGUGGCUGUGGACUUCACCUCAGAGGAGUGGCAGCUGCUUGACUGUGAUCAGAGGACCUUAUAUUGGGAUGUGAUGUUGGAGAACUUUAGAAACCUCAUCUCAGUGGGGGGUGCAGUUACCAAAACAAAAGUGGUCGUCAAGAUGCAGCAAGGACAAGAGCUGCAGGUGGUGGAGGGAGAGAACCCACAUUGGAGCCACCCAGAAGCUGACUGCCCAUUUAUUGAUGAAUCAGAGAAGCACCAGGAAAGCGAAGACAAUUUUUUGAAUUCAGUUUUGUUCACAUUUAGUAAAAUUCUGACUAUGGAGAGACUCCAUAGUUAUAAUAUGAGCACAGAUCAUAUUGGAAAAAAUCAUAUAAAUGCAAGAAAAAUAUCAUAUAAAGGCAAAUCACAUGGGAAGAGUUUGCAACCUACUUUAGACUUACUUAAUUAUAAUAGACGUUAUAACGGAGAAAACCCUUAUGAAUGCAAGGACUGUGGGAAAGUCUUCAAAAAGAAGUUUCAUUUAAUUAGACAUGAAAAAAAUCAUACAAGAAAAAAACCCUUUGAAUGCAAUGACUGUGGGAAAGCCUAUAGCAGGAAGGCACACCUUGUAACUCACCAGAAAAUUCAUAAUGGAGAGAGACCCUUUGUAUGCAUUGAUUGUGGGAAAGCUUUUAUGCAUAAAACACAGCUCAUGGUCCACCAGAGACUUCACACUGGAGAGAAACCUUAUGAAUGCAGUCAGUGUGGGAAAUCAUUCACGUGGAACUCCUCCUUUACUCAACAUGUGAAAUCUCAUACACUGGAGAACUCAUUUGAAUGUAAGGAGUGUGGGAAAACCUUCAGGUAUAGUUCAUCCCUUUAUAAACACUCUAGAUUUCAUACAGGAGAGAAACCCUACCAUUGUAUUGUAUGCGGCAAAGCCUUUGGCAACACAUCUGUGCUUGUUACGCAUCAAAGAAUUCACACAGGAGAAAAACCUUAUGGAUGUAUUGAAUGUGGCAAAGCCUUCAUCAAGAAGUCUCAUCUCCUUAGACAUCAGAUAACUCACACAGGAGAAAAGCCCUAUGAAUGUAACAAAUGUGGGAAAACAUUUUCCCAGAAGUCAAACCUUAUUGUGCAUCAAAAAAUUCAUAUGUAAUAUUUACCUUAUGAAUAUGAGAAAGUCUUAGAUAUUAAAUGUCUUUAUUAAAUACAGAUUUCAUGGUGAGAAAUCUAAGAAUUAGAAUGAAUUUGGAAAGAGUAGAUUUCCAUAAAAAGAUAAUCCCAAUCAUGCUCUGGAAGUGAUAAUAAACUAUUUACAGAAAAGAUCACAGAAAUCAUUAAAUCAUAAGUAAUAGAGCGUAGAGCAUCGAAAGUAAGCAUAAAUUAAAUAAUCAAGGAAUCAGUAAAGACUACAUUUACUAUCCCUGAUUGUUUUUUCUUUUUUAAUAUAUUUAUUGGUUUUUUACAGAGAGGAAGGGAGAGG